AUCUUCUCCUAAUUAGAAUCCAAUCUAACCGUUUACCAACUAGAUGCCUUUAUCUUUCUAUAUAAAGGCCUAGACUUCUUCUUAUUUCAAUUUUUCGUUCAAUCUCGAUACUUGAAAGCUCGUUUGUGACAGAAGCCUUUUAAAGGAAUUUGAAGAAUUGUCUUUCGUUGUGAAAUGGCUCGUACGAAGCAAACGGCUCGUAAAUCAACUGGUGGGAAGGCUCCCAGGAAGCAGCUUGCCACAAAGGCGGCUAGGAAAUCUGCUCCAACAACUGGUGGUGUGAAGAAGCCCCAUCGUUAUCGUCCUGGAACAGUGGCUCUCCGUGAAAUUCGCAAGUACCAGAAGAGCACUGAGCUUUUGAUACGCAAGUUACCCUUUCAGCGACUUGUUCGUGAAAUCGCACAGGAUUUCAAGACGGACUUGAGGUUCCAGAGUCACGCGGUUCUUGCACUUCAGGAGGCAGCGGAGGCCUAUCUGGUGGGUCUGUUUGAGGACACCAAUCUCUGCGCCAUUCAUGCUAAGAGGGUUACAAUUAUGCCCAAGGAUAUUCAGCUGGCUAGGCGGAUUCGCGGGGAACGUGCUUAAUUGAAUUUUAGUAUGUGUGUUUGUUAGAUUUCAUGGUAAUUAGUUAGUUACUAUAUUUUGCCAUUGGCCUUUUUCUGUAAAGAAUAUUUGAGUUUGAUAAACAACUGUGUAAAACCCAAACCAUCUGUUUUAUUUGAUUUUGUUAGAAUUUUAUGGGAUGUUUACAUUUAGUUUGCUAUUAAGUAAUUUGACAUUUGUAUGAUACCAGUAUUGGAAAUUAA